ACGAAAGUGAAAGUAAUAUAGCUCUGCUGCAAGAGAAUGACAAGGACAAAUGGAUCUUGGGUUGUAUUUUAUGUUGUAAUCUUCUUCUUUCAUCAAUCAGAUGCAAUGCUGGGACUGGAUGUUCAUCCUUCAAGUGCUAAAUUGGGAGCCGAUAUUGUCAUCCCUUGUACAUUCCAUGUGCACACACUCCCUGUAAACCCUGAUUUCCUGGCAAUAUUUUGGUACUUUCAAGGAAAAGAGAUUUUGAGAUAUGACACUGUUGUAAGAACGUCACAUCCUAGGGCGUCCCUAGACACAACUAAGGCACCAGAUGGGAAUGCUUCUCUAUUGAUAUCUAAUGUAAAAAUAUUUGAUAGUGGAAUCUACAAGUGUUUGGUGAUCUACACUCCAGAAAAAAUGGAGAAGGAAACCAUUCUUGAUGUAUAUGCUCCGCCAAAAAUAAUAAUCACAAAUAACCUUGUUGUAAAGAAUACGGAGAGUUUUAUAAACUGCACAGUCCAUGGCUUCUACCCAAUCGAUAUUGAAAUUAAAUGGCUCAGAGACAAAGAGGUCCUGGAAUCGUUUCUUCAUUACACAGCAGAGAAAAAUUCUGAUGGGACAUAUUCAGUGAAAAGUGCUGUCAGAAUAUUACCAAAGGAGGAAAACGUAAAUCACACCUACUCGAUCAGGGUCUUACACGUCUCUCUUCAAGAACCUCUCCAGAAAGAUUUCCAGCUUGUCUAUGGAAACACAUCGAAAACAUUAUUGAUAACAAUUUCAAUAUCUGUGUCUGUGGUCAUUGUCAUCUUUAUUGUCAGUGUGUUUUUGAUGAGAAUAUUCAGGACAAGAGGAAUAAAUUGAGGAAAUCUGGAAAUAUAUCAGUAAUUAAAUUAUGAAAAUCCAUAUCUUAUUGUUUCUUUGGUGGACAAGAUUCUAUUUCACAUUCAGGAAAAAAACAAUAUUAUAGAUUUACCCAAGGGACAAACACAAGAAGACGCAGGACCUUGCUUCAGAAGGACAAUGGUGGCUAAUUUUUUUAAAGAUAAGAAAAAAAAAUCAAACAACAUUUUGAAAUCUUUCGCAUAUAAAAAUAUAGUAACAGGGGGCGGAGCCAGCUUUGUAUCUGAGCGGUCGCAUUUUAUCAUAGCUCCGGACUGGAUCCGAAAAUGUAUCCAUAUUAGACCACUCAGUGCAACCUAAUUUGUUUCUAAACCGGGGUAAGGCUAUCAGAGGCUUCCAUAAUCUUCCUGUACCUUGAUCACAGAAGAUCGCUAUUUUCUAGCCUGCAAAAGUUAUUACUGCGGCUACUGGGGAACGGCCAUCUUAUUCCCACGAGGUGCCUAUCUAUAUAUUAGCAGAGGUAGUUCCUUGCGAGAUAUGGAGGAGUUUCAAGCCGUUAUGAUGGCCCAGCUGGAGGCUUUUGACAGCCUGAUGUGCCGCAGAUUCAAGGAUCUGACUGAAAUACUUAGAGACCGAGCUCCACUACUAACUCAUACCACGGAUCCGAAAGGGAGCCUAGAGUUGCCAAUAGCUCAUCCCUUACCACUACAACCUCUCAAGCAGAAGUCCUCAAUGUGCCCUAGUAAAACAGAUGAUAAAUAUGCUCCAACGGAGGCAGGGCAGUCAAAGAGCCUCACAACUGGUAGACCGGAAGCUAUAGCUACAGCCGGGAUCUCCAUGAUUAUGAUGGAGAGGGAUCUCCAGGAUACGGCACCUCAGCAAUUACCCACCGCCGAAUUACAUCCCACAACCGCAGAUGAGCACUAGAGAUGGGAAGUUCGGUUCUUCUUUGUGAAUCGGUUCAUUUCGGACAGUUCGAUUAACUGAACCGG